AUGCUCCACGAUCGAGCAAGUAGUACUGGUAAUGAAACCAUCGACAUCAGUACCGGCAAGAUCAGAGAAUGGAGGUCAAUCAUCACACUCGUUGUCUUCGUCCUGACAAACAUCAAUGUUCUCUUCAAUUUCUACAUACCACUGCAUGUGCCUCGAGUUCUCUGGGCCGGACUGCUCAAAGUCUUGAGUGCUCUACGCCUCAUAUCUCCUCCACAGGACAACGUCUUCUCGAGAGGUGCCGGGUCUAGCGCGUUCGUGCGAUUCAACUUUCCCAUGAACUUUGUCACCUCGCCGCUCAUAGCAGAUCUCUUCUUGCUUGCCAUCACCGCUAUCGGCAAGGAAGAAGUCGCGGGUGGUACUAUUGGCGCUAAUAAUAUAGUGCCAUACGACAUUAUGUUGUUCUUCUUGUCACUGGCAUACAUCGCUAUUUCGGUCGAUGCCUCUGGUCUGAUCCGCUGGCUCGCGUUCAAGGUCCUACAAAAGGGGGGCAAAGUCGGCCACAGGCUUUACUUUUACCUGUACGUGUUCUUCUUUGCACUAACGGCCUUUAUUGGAAACGAUCCGAUCAUUCUAUCCGGAACUGCUUUCCUCUCCUACAUGACGCGCGUGUCGAGUAACAUCAAACACCCUCGCGCCUGGAUCUACACUCAAUUCGCCUGCGCGAAUAUUGCUUCCGCAAUCUUGGUAUCCUCGAAUCCUACAAACCUGGUUUUAGCAGGGGCUUUCGGUAUCAAGUUCAUCAAGUACACGGCCAACAUGAUUGUACCUGUCGUCGUCACUGGUAUUGUCCUGUUCCCUUUCCUGCUUUAUAUCAUCUUUCAUGAUGAAUCUCUUAUUCCAUCCUCCAUUAAGAUGGAGGAUCUCCCGGAUGAGGUCAAGAACAAACCACCGGUCAACCCUAAUAUUCCAUUUGCCAAGGGUGAGCCCGAGGACGAGGAAACAGACCCGGCCAGCGAUGACGAACAGAAGCAGCUCUCCCUGGAAGAGAUUUUGAACCCGUUCCUCGACAAGAAAGGCGCAAUCUUUGGUGCUGGACUCAUGGCCGUGACUCUGAUUGCUGUCCUCGUCAUUAAUGCUGUCGCCCAAGGUACCCACGAAUGGCCAGUGUUCUACGUUACGCUCCCAGCAGCGUUUGUCCUUCUUAUCUUCGAUCUCGUACUUGGCUGGAUAAAUCGGAAGGAAACACGCAGAAUUGCACAUGAGGGCCGGCAGAGAGUUGAGGCCAUACACGCUGAGAGAGUGGAGAGGCGAAGGUCCAUAGUGCAACAAGAGCCAGGUACGCUCCAAAACGGCGAGUUCUUCAACACAAGCAGUACCAUCGAUGAAAAGGCUCAAGAACCAACUGCAGCAACAUCAACUCCAGCAUCGGACGAGCAGCUGCACCCCGCGGCAGUCACGGAGCAGAGUCCAAACGAAGAAGGCCGCCUGAAAAGCCCUCAUCAAAGAAAGCGUACAACACUGGAAUCCAUUAUCAAAGAAAGGUAUCAGUGGGCUCGAGAGACGUUUCCCACAACCAUGACUGUCUUCAAUCAUCUACCAUUAGCACUACUACCCUUCGCAUUCUGCAUGUUCGUCCUGGUCCAAGCACUCGUCACAAAAGGAUGGGUUCCAGUGUUCGCACACGGAUGGGAUCAUUGGGUAGAAAAGACUGGGACCGUCGGUGCUGUUGGCGGUAUGGGCUUCCUCUCCGUUAUUCUCUGCAACUUCGCUGGUACCAACAUCGGCACUACGAUUCUGCUCUCGCGAGUCAUCCAAGCGUGGCAGGAAAUCCACCGCCAGAACGGCACAGACAUCUCGAACAGGACCUUCUGGGGCACAGUGUAUAGCAUGGCUAUUGGUGUGAAUUAUGGUGCCUUCAGCCUGGCAUUCAGCGCAUCGCUUGCAGGUAUGCUGUGGCGCGAUAUCUUAGGCCGGAAGCAUAUCCGUGUUGGUGGGUUUGAGUUUGCGCGGGUCAAUUUGCCCAUCAUUGCAAUCACGAUGGUGGUCGGUCUUACCGUGCUGAUUGGGCAGAUUUACAUCAUGAGGGAUACUGCGCCGUACAUUGUUCGAUAG